GCUCCGCAAGGCUGCUUGUUGUUCCCGCAGAGAGGCAAGAAGAUGGCGGCUGUGUCGAGCGGAGGUGCUGCUGGAUCCACAGCGGCCGGGAUUACGCACUCUACUCGACCAGCCCCCGUAGGCAUGGGUGCCCAGGGCCGAUUACAGACCUCCAGCGGGAUCAGCCACCAUAAAUCCGCCACGGCUACCGGCUGCAUCACUGGUUCCAGCCACAUCCAGCCUAGCAGGCCCCCCCCAGUCCGAGUGGGCUACUAUGAGAUGGAGCGGACCAUCGGCAAGGGGAACUUUGCGGUGGUUAAACUCGCCACACACAUGAUUACCAAAGCCAAGGUGGCCAUCAAGAUAGUAGACAAAACCCAGCUGGAUGAUGAGAACCUGAAGAAGAUCUUCAGAGAGGUUCAGAUCAUGAAGAUGUUGAGGCACCCGCAUAUCAUCCGCUUGUACCAGGUGAUGGAGACGGAGAGGAUCAUCUACCUGGUGACAGAGUACGCCAGUGGGGGGGAGAUCUUCGAUCAUCUGGUGGCCCACGGCCGCAUGGCGGAGAAGGAUGCGCGGCGGAAGUUCAAGCAGAUCGUGGCAGCUGUCCACUUCUGCCACUGUCGCAACAUUGUGCACCGAGACCUCAAGGCCGAGAACCUGCUGCUGGACCACAACCUUAACAUCAAGAUCGCAGAUUUCGGUUUCAGCAACAUGUUCACGCGGGGCCAGCUGCUGAAGACAUGGUGUGGCAGCCCUCCGUAUGCUGCACCGGAGCUCUUCGAGGGCAAGGAGUAUGACGGUCCCAAGGUGGACAUCUGGAGCUUGGGCGUGGUCCUCUACGUGCUGGUCUGUGGAGCCCUGCCCUUUGACGGCAGCACCCUGCAGAACCUGAGGGCCCGAGUGCUGAGCGGGAAGUUCCGCAUCCCCUUCUUCAUGUCCACGGACUGCGAGUACUUGAUCCGGCAUAUGUUGGUUCUGGAUCCCAAUCGGCGCCUCUCCAUGGAGCAAAUCUGUAAGAACAAGUGGAUGAAGCAGGGGGACCCCGAUCCGGAGUUCGAGAGGCUGAUAGCAGAGUGUGAGCAGGUGAAGUCGGAACGGGAGACGGAACUCAUCAACGAGCAGGUGUUGAUGGCCAUGGAUGAAAGGGGUUUCAAACGUGAGGAAACGCUACAGUCACUCCAGACAGACGCCUAUGAUCACUGCAGCGCCAUCUACAGUCUGCUUUGUGAGCGGCUCAAAAAACACAAGACGUUGCGCUUCAAGCCUUCGGGCCCGCGGGGCUUACCUAUCCCUCUCAGCAAUGUGCAGAUGGAUGGCCCGAUCCUCACUGUCCCUCAUGUCCAGUUAAUCAACCCAGAGAACCAGAUUGUAGAGCCCAUCCGAAACAUGGCCCUGGACAGCGACGAGGGGGAGGAGCCCUCGCCGGAAGCCAUGGCACGGUACCUGUCCAUGCGGCGGCACACUGUGGGAGUCCCCGACCCCAGGUCCGACCCGCAGGAAGACCUCCCGAAGGACAUCGACCAUCUCCGCAUGGUCACCCCACCGCCCAUCCCUUUCGUUGCCUUCGGCAACAAUCACAUGCUGGUGCCCCCUCAGAACCUACAGCCUACACAGCAACUAGAGUACAAGGAGCAGUCCCUCCUGCAACCCCCCACCCUGCAGCUGCUCAACGGCAUGGGCCCCCUGGGCCGGAGGGCGUCCGACGGAGGUGCCAACAUCCAAGUGCACGCCCAGCUGCUGAAGAGGCCGCGCGGCCAAUCCCCACUCGUCACCAGCCCUCACCCCAUUCCAGCAGUCGCCCCCGUGGAUGAGGAAGGCUCAGACGGGGAGCCAGACCAGGAGGCCGUGCAGAGAUACUUGGCGAACAGGUCCAAGCGGCACACGAUGCAUGUACCCCUGAGUACGGCGCCCACUGAGCCACCCCCAGACACGCAGAGGCCCCAGGGGGCCCGGCAGAGGGCCUGGGCCCAGGAGCAGCACUGCCGGUCUAGCUACAAGGACUGCAACACGCUACACCUGCCCAUGGAGAGGUUCUCCCCGGUGCGGCGCUUCUCUGAUGGGGCCACCACCAUCCAGGCCUUCAAAGCACAGCUGGAGAACAGUAGCAUCCUCCGGCAGAUCAAGCAGGAGUGUGAGCAGCUGCAGAAGUUGUACUCGGCGCCGCAGGAUGAAAAGUUCCUGGAACACACACAGCAGCAGCAUGUCUUGUACCAGCAAGAGCAACAGUACCUACACCAGCAGAUCCAGGCCCUAUCUUUGGGACAUGGAGAGACGCAGCCCAGCCACCUCACUCACCAGCUCCAAAGGUUGCGUAUCCAGCCGUCAAGCCCCCCCCCAACACAUCCCAGCAAUCAUCUGUUCCGGCAGUCCAACCAGAGCCCUCCCCCAGGCAGUACAGGCAUGAUGCAGGGUCACGGUGGGCCGUCUUCAGCGCAGUACCAGCAUGGUGCCACCCUCUAUCAGACCCCUGGUGGUAGCCCCCCACCCACCAGCCUACCCCGCAACGUUGGCAUGGCCCAAGCCGUCCCCCAGCAGCAAGUGACCAUUCAGGUUCAGGAGGCGGAGCUGGGGGGCGGGGCCCAGCGCCAGGGCUUCCUGAACACACCGUGCCACAGGGUGCUCGGGAAGCAGCUGAGCGCCGACAGUGCCGAGACCCACAGUCGCAGCCUGAGCAGGUUCAGCUACACCCCAGGCUACGACCCAGACCAGUUCAGUCCUCACCUGCUCGGGGAGGCUGGGAGGGGGCCCACGGGGGGUGGGGUGGUGGGUGGGUAUAAUCCCUACCUACAGGCCACUUCCCUCAAAGUGCCAGGGCUGGAGGCCUACCAGAGCAGUGGCUCGGCGGCGGCCGGGGGCUACGGCAGCCCGUCAGCCCUCCAGCAGGCACUGCUGUCUCCCACGCCGCCCGAAUAUCGGCCCUCGCAGCACGUCACGCCCACCCUGCAGGGCCUGCUCUCCCCCCGGCACUCCCUCAGCGGCCAUGCCGACCCCCGGCUGCCCCCGCAGGACUUAGCCGCCCUGCUGAAGCGCCAGACGCCCCGACCGGCUCCCCCGGCCGCCCCACCGCCCCCCGCCACCCCCCAGGACUACAGCGACUUGCUGCUCCUGCGCCACCUGAGCCCGGGCGAGUCCCUGGAGGCCCCUGCCCCCCCUCAAUACCACCACCUGCUGCAGAUCCGACCCCCCGAAUGCCGGCCCCCGCCGCUGCCCCAUUCCGAGAGCAUGGAGGAGGACGAGCCGCCCAGCUACCACGAGGGCCUGCUGGCCAAGGCCGUGGCCUGCGGGGAGGGCCACGAGCUCUUGGCACCCCCACGGGGCGGUACGCCUCCCUACAGCGCCGGCCCGCACCGGCAACCUUACCUGCACAGUGCCCCCGUAGCCAGAGACUCCCCUGGGAGCGACCACGUGGAGUGUCUGCCCUCAGGACAGGUUAUGGAGCUGCCUGACCACAAUGGCACCAGCUACAUGACCCGGGCUGGUCAGGGCGAGGGGUACCGGGCUCGUGGACCCCUGCAGCGGCACCAUACCAUCCAGACCUGCGACGACGCCUACGACCAGGCCGAGCCUAUGAGCGGAAUGAGCCUAUUGGCUGGGAAGGCGCUAAGCUCCGCCCGGAUGUCCGACAUCCUCAGCCAAUCGUCUCUCACAGGAAGCCAGCAGCUGCACCACAGGGAGGAAUCAGUGUGCGACGUAGAGGACGAGUUUCACACUGCUGCCUGCUACCCCUCCUCCUGCACCAGCGAUAUGCUCCUCAGCCUGAAGCCCCCUGACCUGCAGUACAGCAUGGAGCAGGCGGGAGUCUAAUGUAGGAGAAUCCCCUAGUGUAUAAAGGUCCAUUUCAGCCACCUGUGUUGAGCAGCAUCAUGCCAAACCGCCAUUGUCUGUCUGGAAGUUGGGGGGGGGGGGGUGGAGGUUGCCAUGUCAAUUCAGGGGAGGGGAGAAGGAGUCCAUGAGAGACCAUGGAGGGAUGGGGGGAUGGAUGGGGGCUCGACGGCACAGAAUGGUGGGGGCAUUACCCCCAGCAUUCCAUACAGCCACCCUGGGGGUAUGGCCCCCCGGCUCUCUCCAUCUGCCCCUUCAUCCCAGGGGGGGCUGUCAUAUUCUGCCCUUGCUCCCCAUUCUCCCCUCCCACCUCACUUCCCACCCCCCCCCACUGUCGACGGCAACCAGCUGAAGCGGCGGGUCGACACGGCCCCUCCUCUGCUUGUCACCGUGGCGACGUGCCGAAAUCAAAGGCGUAGACUCACGCAAGCAUACUGUACGCACACACGCAGGCACACACACUGACAGACAGACAGACAGACAAGCACACCUCAGAGUAUUCACACCAGGCUUGUGCUUUUCCCUCCGCCCCACCUCCCCUACCUCCCCCCCCGCUGUAUACAAGUAGACCAUUCCGGAGCAGGCUGUGUGCUCAAGGCCUAUGGGGGUCCAGGCUGAGAGCAGCAUGUUCCAUGGGGGUGGCGGGGUGGUAAUGUGGGCAGGCCUUAGGUGUGGGGUUAAGGGGGGAGGCCUCUCUCGUUUUCUCUGUCUCUCUCUCUCUGUCUCUCUCUCUCUCUCUCUCUCUCUAUCACCCUGCA